CUACGAUAUAAAUUGUUGUACAAAUUUUUAGCGGGCGUCUAUAAAACGAGGAUGGCGGAUGAGCAACUCUUCAGUUGCAAAGCAAAGUGCGACGAUUCGUCUUAACAAAGUUUAAAAUGUUCCUCGUUUCCAAGAUGUUGUGGGUCGUCGUUGUGGUCGUCGUUCUAGUGUCGAUGGUGGAUGCCUCUAAGAAAGGACGAGGCAGAGGUGGCCGAGGCGGUGGCUACGGUGGUAGCAGUCAAAUGAGUUCCUACGUUCAAUCAGCUCAACCUUACGGUCAAGUGAUGUGUAUGGUACCGUGCUCAAGUGUUGGUGGUGGCUACGGGGGUGGAUAUGGAGGUGGUCAGGCAGCUCGCCCGAUGACCGGAGGUUACGGUGGCGGUCAUUCCGCUCGUCCCACUCUAACUGGAACAUACGGAGCUGCACAACCCGCUCGACCCUCGAAAGGUAAAGGAGGUAAAUCUCAAGGUGGCCGUCCUAUGAGUGGUGGAUAUGGAGCUGGUCACGCAAAUUCCAUGAGCGGAGGUUAUGGAGGAGCUCAAGUUUCUGCUCCAUUCGCUGGAGGUUAUGGCGGAGGUCACGCCGCUCCCUCAGCUGGAGGAUACGGUCAACAAGCCGGUGGAUAUGGAGGUAGUCGUCCAGCACCUGGCCCUGUCGCUGGAGGAUAUGGCGGAAGUCCCAUGGCUCCAACUCACGCAACUGGAGGAUAUGGUGGUGCUCAGGCAGCCGCUCCGGCUGCUGGAUAUGGAGGUGGCCACGCAGCUCCAUCUCCCUCUGCCGGAGGAUAUGGUGGUAGUCACUCCGCUCCAGCUCCUUCCGCCGCAGGAUAUGGUGGUAGCCACGCCGCUCCCGCAGUCGGAGGAUAUGGCGGUGGACAUUCCGCGGCCAUUCCUGCAGCUUCAACUUACGGCGGAGGCCAUGCUGCCGCCGCACCCGCGGCCCCAAGUUACGGUGCUGGCCAAAGCGCUGCAGGAGGAAGCUACGGCCGUUAAAAAUUUCCAAGAGUCCAGCAUCUGCCAUCAUUGGUGGUAGAUUUGUACUAUAAAACAUUGGUAUAUCAGCCGCAGCCAAACGAUAUUUAAAAAAAGCCGUUCCAACUCUGGAAGAAAUUAAUCAGACAAACAAAUUCCUUGUUCAAAAGUGUAUUACAAAUGUAAAUUAAAUCCACAAAACAAUACACUUUUUUUUUUUUAAUAUA